AUGUCUCGCGUCUUAGCCAAAGGCGAUGGCGGCGAGCACCACCACCACAGCACCGGAGAGUGGGUCUAUGUGAACAACAUGAACACCCUGCACGCAACUGUCUCGCUGCCGGAGCGGAUGCCGUACGGCCUGUGCGAGCGCAACAUGGAAGCCCCUGGCUCGUCGACCACCGACUACGUCGGCUCUCGCGUUGUGUCUACCAAUACUCCUCACGGCAGGCUGCAGCAGAGCCCACAGACACAGCGCGCCUUCGCGGAUAGCCAAAGCACGGCAGAGCAACAGCGCGGCGCCAUACCCCUCACGGCUAGCGGUGAACCAGUGCACGCGAACCUGCAAGGUGUGUACAACCGCAUCAUGCGGCGGCUGCAGCGCCAGAUGAAUUACGCUGAGCUGUCCCGCGCCUCCCUGGCGGACCAGUACGGCAUCGACCUGCAGCUGGCGUGUGAACAGGAUCACCAGGAUCUGGAGGCAGCAGAGCUGGGGCGGCAGCGGGGCACGAAGCACCGCUCCCGCACCUCCUCGCUCCGCCAGCCAACCUCCACCGCCACCUCUCCCAUUAAGCCAGUCCCUGACGAUAGCGAAACGGACACCGCCAGUCGGCCGACCUCCUGCCUCUUUACGGGCUAUCAUGUGAGCCCGGCAACCAUCAAGGUACCUGAGUACGCCGCUCCGAGGCCACGGGGCGACAUCCCCACUACGGCAUGCGCCGGUGGCGGUAAUGGUAGUAGAAUCACUUCGCGGCUGAUUCAGUUUAAGCAGACAGACACCCGCUCGCGCGCCUCCGACACCGCGGGUGGCAUUGUUGUACCAGCAGCGACAAACGUGAUCGACGUGCCGGGCUCUGGAGAACCAGCGGCAGGGGCUGAGGGGGACGACGAGCUGGUGCGCGACAUUGAGGCACAGCCGUGUCCCCUUCCGCUGAGGCUCGUCAUUCAAAAUGUGCUGGGCACCCUGCAAAAGAAAUUGUCGCUUGCCGAGGGAGGAUCGCUGAAGGACUGCAUCGUCUUCGCCUUCGAGUCUCGCGCGUUACUGGACCGGCUUCUGAAGGAGAUUCCGCUCUACUCGCAGUACAGUGCGAUCCGAGGCACGGCGGGGGUCGCGACAACGACGGCGGCGACAGCAGCCGCCCAGCAGGACAUCGCGCAGGUGUAUCAGGAGCUUCGCAAGAGGCCGGUGUUGCUUCCUCGCGCCGACUAUGUGGAGGACCCUGUCACGGGCGCGAUACGAGGGCAAAUCCUGGGCGGAAGUACCCUACAGAGAGAGUCAGCGCGCGCCUCAGGAGCGAUAGCCGCCCCGGCUGCCGCAGUGUCGCUUCCCGCUAUCGUGAACUCGUCGAGGGACUUCAAUACCGGCGACGCUGUGCCACCUGAUGCCUUCACAGGUGGCACCGGUGCACUUGCGGAUGUGCAGCUUCCGUCUGGCUACGGCAAGUCGUCGCGGCUCCAUGACGCGACGCCGCCGGGCGGGGCCGCUACUGCUGCCGGCGCUGGGUGCGUCGGCCGCCAGACCCAACGUCACCAGGUGCUGCGGGAUCACAUGACCAGGGGCAGCGCUGCUGGCUGUCAAAACUUGCCAUCAGUCAGCGAAGCCACAGCUGCGCAGAGCUCAGUCCCGGUAACGAUGGAGGCCGCUGGGAGCUACAGCAUUUUUGUCGGGGCAUCGGCGGCGCCGCCGUCGUCUGCGUUUGCGGCUGCUCACCGUGCGACACGCCUUGUAAGUGUUGGCACCGUGACCGAGGCGAACAAUCUAACUACGGUGUCGAAGGCCGACUACGCGGCACUGCAUGAGCGGAUGGAGAUGCUUGAGGCGCAGCUGGCCGAUGCACAGAUGCACCGCACCGCCCUGACCGAGCAGCUGUGUGAGGAGGCGCAGUACACCGAUCAAAAGAGGCGUGUGCUGCAGUACUUGCGAGAGACGCUUGUGAGGGAGUGCGCCAUGCUUCGAUCUCAGUUACGUCUUGCGUCAAGCCGCGUUCAGCUGCUGCAACAACACUCGCAGCACCAGCCCCUCCGCGGGGCGGGGCCCUUUUCUGCCGCCAACGAAGCACACAUCGAGGUCCCCAACACCUCCGUCACCGUCGGUGGCUCUACGCACAUGCACAAGCAGCUCGGUGCGAGCACCGCGCUGCCCAUGGCGCUAUCCAUGUCUGGGGACUGGCAUGGUUCGCAACACCGCAGUCACUCGCAGUGGCCAUCAGCACAGCAGCUGAACAUGAGCGGAACCAUUGGAAGCGGUUACGGCGGCAUCAGCGGUAGCGGUCGUCGGCGUUUGCUUGCAAAACAGCGGCACAGGAACGACAGCAGCGUCUCUCCCGGAGCGAGCCUCUCAGCCAUUCCGCCGGCAGUGGGUAGCCCUGCUGCCGGUAUCUCUGCUAUCGUUGUCAGCAGCUGCGGUGUUGCUGGAACAGUGGCAGAUGGCCAGCAGCCAAACGACCUGGAGGCGGUACAGAGUCUUCUAGACCUAGUGCUGCUUGCCGUCGAGGAGGAUGCGGUGAUCCCCUCGCACGCGCUGCAGAUGCUCCGCAGGGGGCACGCGGAUGCUGACCUCGUAAAGAGCCGAUUUCGGAAGGAUGCGAAGCAGCAGAUUGAUGCCCUGCGCAGUGAGCAUGACGAGCGGCAGCACGCGCUGAAGAAGAGCAUGGCUAUGCGCACCGCUGAGCACAAGUACCUCAUCGCGGAGCAGAAACACGAGGUAGAGCGGCUGCGUGCGCUGACAGACACGACGCGUGUGCACGCCAUCUUGCAGCAACACAUCUCCGACCUCCGCACGGAGCUGCAUAAGCUACGGAUGUACGUCGCAGAGCAGCUUCAUUUCUUCAAGACGAUCAUGCAGAACACGGCGCAGAGCCUUCUCCGCCGCUCCGCCCUUGUUGACAAGACGCUCAGCGAAAAUGUAAACCUCACCACCCUCGUAAACGCGACGCGGGAGGUGAUCGAGUCGGCCGCCGCGCUGUUGACACCGAUGCUCACAAACGAGUACCGCUGCGGCUAUCACCCGUGGCCACUGAAGCUGCGCAACACCACCGACCCCCUUGCCCACGUCAUCCAGCUUCGCUACGGACCCAGCGAGGUGAUCCACCUGCGCGACUCCCUCAGCAUCUUCGGCCAGCUCUACGGCGCACUGCAUCGCUACAUUCUGCGCCAGAUUAUUUUGCCUGAUUGCACGCGUCCGUCGGCCGGCAGGCCCCUGCAGUACCUCUGCGCGGCACUGGCCCUGAACCCGAUGAGUCACACGGAAGUCAUUUUUGCCGCUCGUCACGCCUACGACACAGAGAUGCAGCUGUGCAAGCGACUCGCACGUCUGAACUUUCGGCUCAUGUGGAACGCGCAUAUGCAGCGCGUCUACACCAACCGCUCCGUCACGGCCCUCAUGGAGGCUGGCUUGAACCCACAUCUGUCAGCGCUGCCGGUUGCCGGUCGCGUCAACAACCUCGCGAAGGAGCUGGCGGCGCUGCUUCAGGCACGCGUGGCAAUGCAGCGGGAGCGUGCCGAGAACGCGAAGGGCACGUAUCGCUUAUGGAAAGAGAAGGAGAUCGACAUCAUGGAGGGCUACCCGACGCCGCAGACGCAGCGCAAUCGUCUGGCACUGCUGAGCGAUGGUGCCUCUGGCUGCAGCAACACUGUGGUGGUGGGCAUUGGUGGCAAUGUGCUGGACGGUAUGAUGCGAGGUCAGCGGAACACGGGCUCUUUGGGGAACUUCUCAAAGACAUUUGGCCAGGCCUCCAUGGCCCGCAGCGAAGGCCCCAGAGCAGCGACCAUGUAA